AUGGCGUUUUGUACGAAAGGUAUGGUCUUGGUUGUUGCUUUGGUUCUUGGGCUCUGUUUGGAUCUGAGUUUUGCUUCUGGGUCUUGUGCAUCGGCGGCUCACGAGUCUCCUGCUCACCACCACCACCACCACUGCGAUCAUGGGCGUGACCGUGACCAUGACCACGACCACGACCACCACGGGGAGAGCUUGUUGGGGUCAAAGCUUCCUGAGGAGGAGGAUAUGAAAUUGUACGGAUUUGGAUUUGAUCAACAUGGCCAGGAUCAUGGUCAUGAUCACGAGCAUUUUGGUGCUUUGCAGCUCUCAGUUACCGGUCUCUGGUUUCAUUCCUUGGGCUGCUCGCUUUUGGUGAGUAUGGCUUCCCUUAUUUGCCUGAUUAUCUUGCCAGUAAUAUUCGUACAGGGGAAACCAUCCAAGGCAGUUGUUGAUUCGUUGGCUUUAUUUGGGGCUGGAGCUAUGUUAGGAGAUGCUUUCCUUCAUCAAUUACCACAUGCCUUUGGUGGAGGACACUCCAGCUCACACGACGACCAUGUAGGCCAUUCCCAUCAUGAUCAUAUUGGACAUGAGCAUUCACAUUCACAUUCUUUGAAAGAUCUUUCUGUAGGAUUAUCCAUCCUGGCGGGAAUUGUAUUAUUUCUUCUGGUAGAAAAGUUGGUGAGGUAUGUUGAGGAAAACUCUGGAGGAAGUAGUGCAUGGAGUCAUGGUCAUCAUCACCAUCAUCAUAAGACCAACAAGAAAUUGAAGGAUGAUAAUGAUUCUCAUGAUGACUUGCAGUCAGAAUCUUCCAGUGGAAAAGAUAGAAGGAAGCUGAAGAUGUCAUCUGAAGAAGAAGCGGCAGCUGAAGUUUCAAAUGAUUCUUUGAUGGAAAAUAAUCAACAUGACUCUCAUAUUCGUAAGAGAAACAUUACGACUGGUGAUAAACAAGAUGUAGCUGCUGCAGAUGACUCCAACCGUGAUGCUAAGUCCUCAGAUGGAGAACCUACUCGAUCACCAUCAAAUCUUGUGUUUGGUUAUCUCAAUCUCUUCUCUGAUGGUGUUCACAAUUUUACGGAUGGGAUGGCUUUAGGAAGUGCUUUUCUGCUUCAUGGAUCUGUUGGUGGGUGGUCUAGAACUCUAUUCUUGCUUGCGCACGAGAUUCCUCAAGAGGUUGGUGAUUUUGGUAUUCUUGUAAGGUCUGGUUUCAGUGUCUCCAAAGCUCUGUUUUUCAACUUUCUCUCAGCACUUGUGGCACUAGUUGGAACCGCAAUGGCUCUGCUUUUGGGCAAGAAUCCAGGACAGUCAUCUUUGAUUGAGGGUUUUACAGCUGGUGGAUUUAUAUACAUUGCUGUUGCUGGAGUGCUUGCAGAAAUGAACAACAAUGGCAGCUCAUCAUUGAAAAGCACGGCAUUCCAAUUAACUGCAUUGAUACUAGGCAUGGGAGUUGCCCUAUGUAUUUCUCUUUUUGAAUGA